AUGAGUCGCUCAGCAGCUACAGCUGCCGCAGCAGCUCGCGCAAUCAACGGCGUCCAGGGAGAAGAAGAGAAAGUCGAGAUGGAGCGAUUGUUUAAUCGCAUGAAGGAUCUGCGCGUUUCGAGUGCCGCACGUGCUGCGAGUAUCUUGAGGGAUAAGGAGGAAGAAGAGGAAGAGGAAGAAGAAGAGGUGGACGAGGAUUCGAGCGCUUACUCGAGCGCUUGGGACGACGACGAGGACGAAGACGAGGAAGCAGAAGGCAGUGCAGAAGAAGAGGAAACGAGCUGGAUUGUCUGGUUCUGCUCUCUCCGAGAGAACAGCUUUUUAUGCGAGGUGGACGAGGACUACAUUGAGGACGAUUUCAACCUCACGGGGCUUAGUAGCAUCGUGCCGUACUACGACUAUGCUCUGGACAUUAUUCUGGACAUUGAGACGCCCAAUGACAAUAAUCUCACGCAGAUCCAGCAGGAGAUGAUCGAGUCCGCGGCUGAGAUGCUCUAUGGACUGAUUCAUGCUCGCUACAUUUUGACAACGAAAGGCAUGGCCGCCAUGUUGGACAAGUACCAGAACGUAGACUUUGGUCGCUGCCACCGCGUGUACUGCCAAGGUCAGGCUGUGCUGCCGGUAGGCCAGUCGGAUGUCCCAAGACACACGACUGUCAACGUCUUUUGCCCCAAGUGCCGAGACGUCUUCUUUCCCAAAUCGCAACGAGCAGGCCAGAUCGAUGGCGCGUACUUUGGCGCGACCUUCCCGCAUAUGUUCCUAAUGACGCAUUCCCACCUUGUGGUGUCGCCGCCGACGCAGAUAUACGUGCCCCGCGUGUUCGGCUACAAGAUUCAUAGCUCGAGCGAGUACUACACUGGCAAGAAAAAGAGCGCGUCCAGUCGCGAGCGGGAAAGGUAUCGUAGAGUAAAGUCGAUGACUAGCCGAUUGAAACAUCGACCGAAAGACGACGAGCAGGCUAGGUGA